GCGAUGCCGAAAAGGCUUCACUCGCAGUCGUACCGCGAAGCAGAAUUCAUUUAAUUCGCGACAGCCGCGUUGUACGGAAGCGCGAGAUUCAGCCGGGUACGGUACUCGUGUAGAAAAACGUGUGUAGUUUUCGCCAAAACUUCUGCCCCCCCCGCCAGCACAAGUAGAACAGUGACUGGUUGCAAGAAAAAACAAAUUUUCGGACUUUAAUUCCGGCUAGUGGUGUUUAAUAGUGAUAAAAAGAGGUUGAACUAGUGGAAAGCUGCUUCACUUUUUGAUGCUUGAAAGGAUCAACGAAGACGGAACAGAACAGAGUAUUGAAAAGCUUGUCGGUGAGGACCGCAGAAGCAGCAACAGGUGGAGGUACGAUCGCGCGCUGAGUCACACGCUAGAGUAAUCUCGAUGCUCGAGGGCAACACGAAACCGGGGCUGCCAUCGCGCUAGUACGAGUAGCCUAGUCAUAACAGAUCGCAAUCAGAAGCCCAUCCGGUCAGAUCCAGUUACCAAACAGUUGAAAUCUAUCGCUAGCGCACGUUCGACAAUGGUACUGAAGCAGCGAACGACGGCACUAGAACUGCACUCCCCAACCGAGGAUGUUCUGGUUAGCCCGGGCAUCGAAAGUCUACCCCCGAUGGAGACCAACUCGACGGGAACGGGUGGUGAGGCGACGGAGCGUGUUAAGAUGAAGAAAGAACUCGGACUGCUGGAAGGAGUUGCCAUCAUAUUGGGCAUCAUUCUUGGUUCGGGAAUUUUCAUUUCACCUAAAGGUGUUCUCCAGGAGGUCGGUUCCGUGGGGACAUCGCUCGUGAUUUGGGUUCUGUGCGGACUGCUGUCGAUGAUCGGUGCUCUGUGCUAUGCGGAAUUGGGCACGGCGAUACCGAAAUCUGGUGGCGAUUAUGCUUACAUCUAUGAGGCGUACGGACCUCUACCGGCUUUUCUGUACCUGUGGGAUGCGACGGUGAUUUUUGUUCCUAGUACCAACGCCAUUAUGGCACUAACCUUCGCCAGCUACGUGUUCCAGCCGCUGUUCGCUGCCGGCUGCUCGGUGCCCACCAUCGGACUGCAACUGUUCGCGGCGGUGACCAUCUGCGCGCUGACCUACAUCAACGCGUACGAUGUUCGCAUCACCACCAAGAUGCAGAACAUUUUCAUGUUCACCAAAAUUGGCGCCCUGGUGCUGGUCAUAAUCGUCGGAGUUGUAUGUAUGUCAUUCAGCGGUGGAACGGAGAACUUUGAAAACGCCUUCGAAAACACCGAAACUGACCCGGGCAAGCUGGCCGUGGCAUUCUACUCCGGUAUUUUCUCCUACGCUGGAUGGAAUUACCUGAACUUCAUGACGGAAGAACUGCAGGAACCGUAUAAAAAUUUGCCAAGAGCAAUCUACAUCUCGCUGCCACUGGUAACCUGCAUCUACGUACUGGCGAACAUGGCUUAUGUGGCGGUUUUAACGCCCCAGCAGAUUCUCGCUUCGGACGCAAUCGCUGUGAGCUUCGCUCAAAAAGCCAUGGGCUGGGGAGCCUUCGUGAUGCCUAUCCUGGUGGCUAUUGCCGCCUUUGGCGGUCUUUCCGUACACAUUAUGACCUCCUCGCGAAUGUGCUUCGUAGGAGCACGAAACGGCCACAUGCCGGAGAUUUUGUCCCACAUCAACGUGACUCGUUACACCCCGAUGCCGUCGUUGGUUUUUCUGUGCAUCCUUUCGCUGCUCUAUCUCUUCAUCAGUGACGUGUACGUCCUGAUCACCUACAGUAGCAUCGUGGAGUCGUUCUUCAUCAUGAUGUCAGUCAGUGCGGUGCUGUACUUCCGCUACACCCGACCGGACAUCAACCGGCCAAUCAGGGUGCAGCUGUGGGUGCCGACGCUGUUCGUCAUAAUCUGCGCCUUCCUAAUCGUGGUGCCCUGUUACGUAGCACCGUACGAAGUCGGCAUGGGCUUAGUGCUGACAUUAGCCGGCAUUCCCGUGUACUACAUCGGGGUGGUGUGGCAAAACAAACCUGCCGCGUUUGAGAAUGCGCUUCGCGCAGUCACCCAAUUCUGUCAGAAGAUGCUGAUGACCGCCAAGGAGGAAGCCGAAGGUGACGAGUAAGAUUUGAACAAAACAAAAUUACAAGACUGUACAUAGAAACAGCGAAGCGCAUGCCCGUAUGUAAGUGGCUUUUAUCCCUCCGGGGGGCUUUCAGCCCCCGGUGAUCGCAGUGAUAUUAUUUGAUUUUUUUAUUCUCAAAGUGAAUCCUCGAACAAAAGUUUAAGAAACUGACGACCCUAUUUAUACACUUUUUUGUUUAUUUGUUUGUUUGUUUGUUUGUUCUGAACGAUACCAAAAGAUCUAUGUGCCAAAUUAUUACUCGAUCAUUUUUAUUUCCCCAACUCAAAGCAACACCCCCCAACACGAAAAGAUGCUCCACUUAUCAGUACUUAAAGCAAUUAAUAAAUAUUAAUACCCUCCUUCUAAUUUUUUUGUCAAUAGUAUUUCUUCAUAAGAAAUAUGUUUCCUUAAAUAUUAGCAUAUCAAUUGUGUUUAGAUUUUCCCCCAUUUUUAGUGGUAGAUUAGAGAACAUGUACAUAUUAAAACUUAUUUUUGUAGUUCCAUACAAUUUUUUGUGUGCCCGUCUUAUUUUUCUCUCUUAAUUCUUUGUUUACGAAUCAUCACAAACAUUAGUCUGCUAAGUAUCUGUUAGAAAUAUUUGCCUUCAAACUGAAACCAGUUUGCUACAAGUUUAAUUAAGCACACUAGGCUCUUAUUGGAAGAUAUUUCCAUUUAGUUUAUUAAAGUUCGAACUAUAGAAAUAGUAAUACUCUCAUGGCAAAAAAAAACAAGCAGUACUAAGACAAAACAGAUCAAUAAAAAACAUUUCUAGCUGGAA